AUGCCGCCUGGUACUGACGUAGAGAACCGAUCUGGAAGCAGCGAGCGAACUCCUUUACUACAGAGCGAGCCUACUGCAGAUGAACAUGAGCAAGCGGCCUUGCUUGAACCUCAACCCGAACCAAAGACCAAAUUCUGGUAUGCUUGGAGGUUGUUCUGGGCUCUCCUUGCCGCCGUUGUGUUGGGUAUCUUUAUCAAGGGGUGGAUAGACGCAGACGAUGUUGACUUUGAUCUCAAAGGAGCACUGAAGCGAGCGUUAGGGGGAGGAUUGAGUGGUGCUGCCGCCAUGGUGCUUCAAGUCUUGACUCUUAUGCCACUCCGAACUAUCAUGAACUACCAAUACCGCCAUGGCACAUCUUUCACUACGGCAACCCGUACCCUCUACCAAGACGGCGGAAUCAGGAGAUACUAUCAGGGUAUCGGUCCAGCACUCGUUCAAGGUCUAUUUCCAAUCCUUGCCCUCCAAGUAAUCAUUCUUACAUGUAAAUCUCUGAAAGGCCCCGUAUCCCGCUUUGGUGAUACCGCAGCAAAUGCUGGGAUCCUCGCUCUCUUGCAGUCCAACUCGUACUUGAGCAAGUUACCCACGCCCAUCAAGACCGUUUUCGCUUCCGCUUGUGCCGCCGGGUUUAGGAUGAUCCUCACUCCGAUCGACACACUUAAGACCACACUUCAAGCUCAAGGUGCGCGGGGAACCGCACUUCUCAGACAACGCAUCAAGACAGAUGGGAUUGGGAGUCUAUGGUGGGGUGCGCUUGCGACUGCUGCGGCAACUUUCGUGGGCCACUAUCCCUGGUUUGCUACGUACAACUACUUGAGCGAGGUAAUCACCGAACCUCCCAAGCAUCCUCUAUUCUGGUGGCUACUUCGCCUGGCGUUUAUCGGGUUCUGCGCCUCGAUCGUGUCAGACUCAAUCUCCAACUCACUCCGUGUGGUCAAGACCUACCGCCAAGUCAACGAUACCAAAGUUUCAUACUCCGAAGCUGCAAGAUUGGUCGUCCUCCAAGACGGAAUCGUCGGUCUCUUUGGACGUGGACUCAAGACCAGAAUUUUAGCAAACGGCCUGCAAGGAUUGUUGUUCUCGAUCUUGUGGAAGAUUUUCUUAGACCUCUGGGAAAAGAAGACGCGCUCUUAG